AUGGCCUCCUCCAGCGGGGGCCCGCCCGCGCCAUUGAGUAGGCGUCUACCAGAAUAUAUGGACCAGCAAAACGAAUUUGGUGCGCUAACAAUCCUGAUGAUGGAAGGAACAGGCGAUGCUGUUCUACCUAAGAAUCCUUUUGUCGUCGGUAAAAGUGUGGAGGAUGCCGCAGGACCCAUCGAGAGUGCUUCGUCCGAGGCGAAAGGUACUCGUUACACGCUACGGGUAAGGAAGCCCGAGCAAGUGACCAAACUGCUGAAUAUGACGAAACUAAUCGACAAUACUCCCGUGUCUGUAAUUCCGCACCCAAUUUUGAAUUCUACCAGAUGUGUAGUCUCUUCCGUUGAUCUGAUUGAAGUCGAAGACAAACAGAUCCUAGAUCAUCUGUCUAGCCAGGGCGUGACGGCCAUUCGUCGAAUCAAACGGAAAAUAGAUGGCACAGAAGUUAACACACCAACAAUCAUAUUGACGUUUGGAAAGACAACCUACCCGCAAUCCGUGAAGGUUGGUAUAUUAAGCGUAAGAACCCCACCGUAUUACCCGAAUCCCAUGUUGUGUUACGGAUGUUUCCAAUACGGUCAUACAAAAGCAAGAUGCCCUGGCCCAGCACGGUGCGGUAAAUGUUCGAGUGACAAUCACGCCGAGAUAUGUGAAAAUGCAGAAUAUUGCAAUAAUUGCAAAGGAGACCAUCGACCAAGCGACAGGCGAUGUCCUAUGUAUAAGGAGGAGACGGAGGUGAUAAAAGUGAAGAUCGACCAUAAUCUACCUUUCCUGGAAGCGAGAAAACGAGUUUCUGCGGGCAACAAGAGCUACGCAUCAACCGCAGCCCAACCAGUUCAGCCGUCCUGUGAGCAAAAUAAGAUCGAUGCUAUCUUCAAGAUGAUGACUAAGAAGGACGAACAAAUGGAUAAACUUAUUCAGGCGAUCAAUGAAAAGGACAAAGAGCUAUAG